AUGGAGUGGCUUGGACACGCAGAACUCAACUUCACUCAUGCGCCGUCACCACGAAAGGUGCAAGAGAAAGAUGGUAAUGUCACCGAUAUCUUAUCCAUCUGCGAAAAGGCAACACCGCCAUGCCGACUGAACCCACUGCUCUUCAACGGCCACCUGCAGACGAUGUGGACAGCGACCAAACCUGCUGGACCCAAGAUUUACUACAAGCGCAAGAUUUUUGACGCUGACCAUAAGAUCUACCAUGGAACGUUCGCUGUGGACUUUGCUGUCGAGCCUUUUGAGGCCCCUGAGGAUCCUUCAUUGUCUCGACGAACAGCGUACUUUACUCCUGAGGAGUUUGAGCAUAUCGGGUCAGACGACAACAAGCCUAUGCUUGUUGUCCUGCAUGGCCUCUCAGGUGGUUCCCACGAGAUCUACCUUCGACAUACCAUUGCGCCAUUGAUUGGCGAGGGCGGCUGGGAAGUCUGCGUUGUUAACUCGCGAGGUUGUGCGCGCAGCAAGAUCACCAGUGGUGUCUUGUACAACGCUCGAGCGACAUGGGAUAUUCACAGUAAAAUGGUUACAGAAAACUUUCCCCAACCGACCUCUGUCCCCCGAAUUUUGGCUUGCUCUAACACAAACCACUGUGGCGAGGAGGGUCCCAACUGUGUCCUCAAGGGCGCAGUUGUAUGCAGCAACCCAUUCAAUCUAGAUGUUUCCAGCAAGAUCCUUCAGAACAGCUACAUCGGCAAAGAAGUUUAUCUUCGAGUCAUGGGCAGUGCUUUGAAGGAACUCGCUGCCACGCAUAGAACCGAGUUGGAAAAGUACAGCAAAAUCGAUGUCAACGCUGUGAUGAAGAUCACCUAUCUCUAUGAGUUUGAUCGCCUGAUCCAGUGUCCUUCUUGGGGAUACCCCACGGAGAGUGCAUACUACCGCGAUGCUUCAUCGGUGGAUUCCAUUCUCUCCAUCGAGAUUCCUUUCCUGGCUGUCCACUCAACUGAUGAUCCGAUUGCUGUUAAGGAAGCUAUUCCCUAUGAAGAAUUCAAGCAGAAUCCCAACACCGUCCUUCUCACCUCUAGCCUGGGAGGACACCUGUGCUGGUUUGAAACAUCGGGGGAUCGUUGGUUUACAAAACCUGUUGCCAACUUCUUGAACCAUCUUGCUUUCAAGACUGAUCUCAAUGAUCUUAGGCCUCUCGUCAACCCCAACAACAAUGAUCAUUUAGCCGACGGACAUGGCUACAUCCCCAUGCGACGCAAGCUGGUCAUUGUGGAAGACUAA